AUGGGAAGAGCUCCUUGCUGUGACAAGGCAAAUGUGAAGAAAGGACCAUGGUCACCAGAAGAAGACUCAAAGCUGAAGGAUUAUAUAGAGAAUCAUGGAACUGGUGGGAAUUGGAUUGCACUUCCUCAGAAAGCUGGUCUAAGGAGAUGUGGAAAAAGUUGCAGAUUGAGAUGGCUUAACUAUCUCAGGCCCAACAUUAAGCACGGAGAAUUCUCAGAUGAGGAAGACAGAAUAAUUUGCAGCCUUUAUGCUAAUAUUGGAAGCAGGUGGUCAAUUAUAGCAGCUCAGUUACCUGGAAGGACUGACAAUGAUAUCAAGAACUAUUGGAACACCAAGCUAAAGAAGAAGCUAAUGGGGUUGCUUCCUGAAUCUCAUCAAAGAAAACCACCCUAUCAUCAAUCCUCUCCUCAAAACCCACCACCAUUUCCUUCUCAUUCACUUUCCUCAUCAAUUUAUGGAGAUUAUUGCAGCUCUUAUUAUAGCCCAGCAGCAACCACAUCUUUCACAGGCCUUGAACCAAUUUCUGUUCCUUCAAGUAAUUACACAAACACAAGCUGCACAACAACCUCAAUUUCUCUCCCAUUUAACCAAAACCAAGAGUCCUUGGUUAGUGUUAGUCCCAUGCAAUAUUACCCUAUCACAACAGUGUUUGGAAGUGAAGGAAGUUGCAGUUCCUCUGAUGGAAGCUGUAGUCAGGUUAGCCAUGGCAGGGAAAUCAAACAAGAAGAAAUGGGGUUUCAGAAUUUCAUGUCAAACGGGUUUAUGCCUAGUCACAUAAGCAUUAACAAUAAUGGAGGUGGUGAAUAUAUGAACCAGUGGGAAGAAAAGCCAAAUGGGUGUUUUUUCCAAACACAAACCCCAUUGGAUUAUGAUAUUGAUGUUAUUAAGCAACUAAUUAGUAGUAGCAAUGGAAGCAGUAAUAAUGGCUACUUCAGUAUUGAUGAAAACAAGAUGGAGGAGAAGGGUAUGUACAACUAUUACUGA